AUGAAUGCCGACCAAGCCUGCAAGGAAUGUCGGAGACGGAAAGCUAAGUGUAAUCGAGGGCUCCCGACUUGCAGCCUCUGCAUUCGAUAUCGAAGGCACUGCCUGUACGAGAAACAUUCCCGGACGCCGCUGACACGAAAACAUUUAACUGAAGUGGAAGAGAGGUUAGAAAGAGCUGAGGCUUUAUUAGCCAGAUUUCGUCUGUCCCAAACUCGCCAAUCCCCUUCUCUUUCAGACUCUGUACAUCAACAUGACAUCCCCGCUGCCUUCAGCUUCUCCAGUCCUGAAACUCCAUUUCCAGGCUCGAGUGAUCUCUUCAUCCCGCCUUUGACAAAUUUCCAGCAAGCUGAUGCUUCAAACUUUCUGGAUUCAUCAGAGAGUCAUGUAUUAAUGGAUCAACUGCCACAACACGAUUCAAGCUCAGCACAAGCUGCAAAUCGCCCUUCGAAUUGUGAGGCCUAUGAAGAACCCAGCGCACCCACUGUUGAGGAUCCCACAUCCUCAAGUAUGCUCGAAUGUCCUCCGGUGAACGAUUUUGAAUGGGAUGAACGGCCUGCACCCUUCAGUCAAUUACUAGAUCAAGAGUCGCCAUCCUGGGCUUCUAAGUCCAGUGAAGAUGGGGAGAUCGAAGAGAAUAUCAUUGAUGGCAUGGCAUCAUUGACCGUAGAUGACAGAGAGGCUGGAUAUCUGGGAGUAGCAUCUGGAGCUGCGCUGCUUCGAAUUAUCGACCCUCUUCCCGAAUCUCGCAAGAAAUUAACCAACUUGCGAAAUCGCCUCGACAGAUUCUCAUCCGGAUCUAGGACUAUGACAACACCACUGUUAGAGCAGCCAAAUCCAAACAGACAGAUUCUGGACUCAAUGAUUGACUCUUAUUUCAGAGUAUAUCAUCUGAAUUACCCGAUCGUCCACGAACCAAUGUUUAGGGCGCAAUACUCUGAAGUCAUACCUCGACCAAAUGGAGAUUGUUGGCUCAUUCUAGCAUAUGUCGUUGCGGCCAUUGGCGUCUUUACGACGGCAACGUCAUCAUCAGACAAUACUGAUCUUGAUAUUUUCGCUCAAGCGAAAUUGCUUUUCUCGAUCAACCUCCUCGAAGUGGGGAACUUGACGUUAGUACAGGCGUUGACUUUGAUAUCAAACUAUCAACAAAAACGAAACAUGCCAAACAGCGGAUACAACUACUUGGGGCUGGCACAACGUAUGGCAAUGGGACUUGGACUGCAUAAAGAAUUUCAAGGGCGGCGAGUGUGGUGGUUGCUAUGCGUGUUUGAUGUUGGAGCAACUAUUACCUUUAGCAGGCCAAUGACCUGGCCUUGGAAAGGGAGUGAAGUUGCAUUGCCGAUGAACAUCAGUGAUAAGGAGCUGACUGCAAGCUCGAGAUCUUACCCAGCAGAAGUUGCAGAGAUCACACCAUAUACAGCCGUCCGCACACAAGCUGUGUUCCACCGGAAUACGAAUCAGAUAUACACACGGGUCAUAUCAAAACCACUCUCGACUGCAAAAGAACUUUUGGAUCUGGACGACACCCUUAUUGGCGAUUGGCUAUCCAAACUGCCUUCGCACUUCAAAGAGCAGUCUUCUGUCUCUCCCAAAUACGCUUUUGCUCACGCAGUAAUGAGCUGGCGAUAUCGAAAUCUUCGUAUAAUCAUGUACCGACCUUUUGUUAUCAGAAAAGCUUUAUACCGAAAUGGCCAAAAGGAUGAUUCGGCAGAAAGCAACAAAGCCUAUGAACGGUGUUUGGAUGAAGCGAAGUCUAGCAUUCAUGCGAUCAGCCAAUUUUGGAAAGUGAAUGAACACACCCGAGUCGCCGCUUGCGCAUUGAUACCAUGCAUUUGCCUCCGCAAUUCGCCACUCUCACAGCAUGCUCCUGACUGGCGGUCUCAAGUGCGCAUAACUCUUGAUACCAUCUACUCUCUAUCUUCUAUAAACUCUUCGUCCCCACGAUGCUAUCAAGUUAUCCUAAAGCUUUGUCGGCCAUUCCUGCAGCAUAAUGACUCCGAAGAAGACAUGGGUGGUACCAUUCGAGGACCAGGGCUCGAAGACCACGAUGGCCACGGACUUGGAAUGAGUCCAAUCAACGAGAGCCCACAAACACAAAUGAGUAGCGUAUACCCUAUGAUGUGGCCAAAUAUAAAUGAAUACGAAGCGGACGUAAUCAUGCAGGACGAUGCGUGGAUGGAGUUCUUGAGAGGCGAAAAUCCAGAUCUAGGGAAUCUUGGAAGUUAG